AGUGGUGUUCACACUCUUCUAGACGAUCUCAGCACUUUAAUGCAUGUGCCCUUCCUGCUCAUCAAUACCAACAAUCAUGGCGGCCGCCGCACGGUUCUUGCUCCGAGGCGCUAACUCGAAACUUCCCCUCCUCGGUGCCGGCAGCGGGGCUCACAGCUCCGCCGGGGCCUCGCUGCUCAAAGCGUCGCCGAGCUGCAGCUCCCGCACAAGGACACAGAGGAGACACGUAGCGCACUUCACCUACCAGCCGGACCCCGUCCCCACAGACCAUGGACCAACACAGAAGAUGAACUUGUUCCAGUCAAUCACAAGUGCCUUGGACAACACACUCGCCAGCGAUCCCACAGCAGUCAUCUUUGGGGAAGAUGUUGCCUUCGGUGGAGUAUUCCGAUGCACAGUGGGUCUGAGGGACAAAUAUGGCAAGGACAGAGUCUUCAACACUCCCCUCUGUGAGCAGGGGAUUGUGGGAUUUGGUAUUGGUGCAGCCGUCGCUGGUGCCACGGCCAUCGCUGAGAUCCAGUUUGCUGACUACAUCUUUCCUGCUUUUGACCAGAUAGUCAAUGAAGCAGCCAAGUACCGCUACCGUUCUGGCAACCUGUUUGACUGCGGCAACCUCACCAUUCGGGCUCCGUGGGGAUGUGUCGGCCACGGAUCACUUUACCACUCUCAAAGCCCAGAGGCGUUCUUCGCCCACUGCCCCGGCAUCAAGGUUGUAAUACCACGUGGUCCAGUGCAGGCCAAGGGGCUGCUCCUCUCCUGCAUCAACGACAAGAAUCCAUGUAUCUUCUUUGAGCCCAAGAUCCUGUACAGAGCAGCAGUGGAGCAGGUUCCGGUGGAGUCCUACACAAUCCCACUGUCGCAGGCUGAGAUCCUACAGGAAGGAAGUGAUGUCACUCUGGUAGCCUGGGGGACACAGAUCCAUGUGAUGCGCGAGGUAGCCAACUUGGCCCAAGAGAAACUGGGAGUGUCAUGUGAGCUCAUCGAUCUACAGACCAUCCUACCCUGGGAUGUAGACACUGUUUGCAAGUCGGUGGUGAAAACUGGUCGUUUGCUCAUCAGCCACGAGGCUCCAGUAACCGGAGGCUUUGCAGCUGAAAUCAGCUCUACAGUGCAGGUGAGUGUGCCUAUGUGUGCGUGUGUGUGA